AUGGGCAACGAACCCGCACGGCUCAAUGGCGAGGCGCGCGACCUCAUGACUGCGCGGAUGGAGAACAGGCUGGAGACUUGGCUCGAAGCUGGAGAAAAGGUAUUCUUCGGAAACGGGCUCUGUCCACCUCCACGAACCGAUGUUGCGAAAUCAUCACCUACUGCCAACACGUCUGCGCCGCAGCCCGAACGCAACCGAAGCGCCAGCAAGUCUCCAAUCGCUAAUAUGGCAAAGGUUGAAGCAGAGAGAAGUGCUCACCAAAGACCCCUUGUGGUCAGUGGGAGUGGCACUUAUCAUGCCCCUCAACAGACGUCUGCUGUCGCUACGAACUCUCGCCCUGAGUCACGAGUUGAACAACCAAUGCGAUCAUGUUCGGAGCCGUCACCCGAGUCCAUCCGAAUGAACACGCCUGGUACCAGUGAAAUGAGCGACUCGCAAGAAGCAAGUGUCAUCAUAGAGGUUGGCCCUAAGAAGACAGAGACAGAGACAGAAGCUAAACCAGACCGAAAUGAAUUCUCGCCUAUCAUCAACCAACCUAAGAACUUGACGGUUAAGAGGCAGAGAGCGCAUCCUGAGCAGAUACCCAAGUUCGGCGGGACUUCCGGUGAUGAUGUAUUUGCACCAUCGGAAAAGACGUCCCUUGAGACUAAGGCUGUGACAUCUACAGAGGUUGAAGAGAAGCCCGCUAUACCACUUGCACUGAGUCAAGACGUCCGAAGCCAAGCAGCAGUUAUACACGCAACUCCUGGACCAUCCCGUCAAAGUUGGGGACAUUCACGCAAGCCAUCGUCUCAGAACACGAUACAGCAAUACCAUUGCGAUAUACCCCAAGGCUCGGGUUACAUGGAGUCCAACCCCAUGCAAUCGGGAAAUAUUGGAUAUCGUCCCAACCACAAAUACGGCUACCACAAAGAUCAGUACUGCAACAACGGUGGGAACCCCAACUAUCGCCUAUACGCCCCCUGCGAUUGUCGGCAGUGCAUGGAGCGCAACAGAAGCAUCUACAUUCGAGUCAAAGAAACCCAUGGUGGGAUCACCGGGUUCGAGGUACAAAACAAGCUAAAGAUUGAACUCCAAAAGCUCUUUGGCGAUGUAGAGGACGUGUACAGCAUCAAUAAACAGUCCCCCACGCUCAACUUUGUAGCCAGAUUUGUCCUUGAGGACUCGAUGGCGGCAGCUUUGAGCUACUAUGACGGCUGGAUUAUCCCCAAAGUACUACGAAUCUAUAUAUCUCCAGUGUUCCGGUCAAAAUGGUAUGCGGCGCAGACUAACCAGCGAGGCAUGUACAGAAAGAUGCACGGGGAUUACAUGUAUCAGCAGAACAUGAACCACUUUGGCCAUGACCAGCGGCAAGGCCAGUACCAGCACAACAAGUAUGUGCCGAGCGCACCAGCAGCACAUCAUCAAUACAACCGCAUUCCGCCUUGGCAGGCCAGAGCCACAGAUGCAGCGCUCGAGCCGCAUUUGCACGCACUGCCAGUGCCAGUCGGCAUUGCGAACCAGUUUGCCAUUGCGCCACUUCAUCAGCCCGUGUAUGAGCCGCCUGGUGAAGAGACUCUGGCGCAGUCCAAACCACCCUCGGAGGAAACCAUACCUCUCCAACCUCGCCAGUGCACGAGUCUACCCGAGCCGCUUACCGCUGCACCUCAGACACGGGUGUCGUUGCCAGCAGCGAGAACAACAGGCAAGCAGAAGAACCCAGAGCCCUUGGACCAAUCGAGCCGCUCAGCAUCCCAGGACCAGCAGCAGCAGCUAAGGCCAGCUAAAAAGACCACAGAGAAUAAGCUCCCAAAGAAGGUCAGCGCUCCUCCUAAGCCAACGGCCCCUCCGGCAACCUUGCCUGAAAAGCCAGCGUUUGCUGUCCCGAAUCGGCCAAGGACGCAAGAUACCAAUACGGAGACUGCGGCUGCUGGUCCAGCGCCCAAGGAGAAGCGUCAACCUCCAAGCGAUCUUCCCACGAUUGCUGAGCGCGACUCAAAGGCUCCAGCAAAAGCAACCAAACUUCCCACCCAGGAUGCUAGGCAGCUGGAACAACCAGCCGAACCCCAAGCCGCUCCCAACCCCGUCUUCAAGUCUUCCAUGGGCGAUCCGUCCACCGAGCCUUUCGUCUACAAGGGCAACCGAGUCGGGAUCAGCACCAUUGGCAAGAGAAGCGGGAAGAAGCACAAGCGGCCUGAGAUUCCAUCUUUUCCGCCUCGCGACCUCGACCGCCGCGGCGGCUAA